AUGUGUGAAACCUACGAAAAAUUAAUCAUCUAUGCUUCCCAAUUUCCUAAGUUGAUGAAUCUGAGCUUACGACUCACAGGGGGUGAUGUUGUUGAUAUUAACAUUCUAAUGGAAUCAUGUAUCAAAAAUCUGAAGACGAUGUUUAAUUAUUCAGAAACCUCUGCUUUUAACAUCCAACAAGCAUCUCCACAUUGGGAUUAUUAUAAUUCAUCUUAUUUUGCAAACGAUACUCGCACUUUAAUCAAUCGAUUCACUCCAUACUGUCAAAAUAUCAGGGACGCAGAAUUUUAUUUUGAGUAUACCAUAAUCAAAGGAAACCACGCUGUUAACAGAUGCAUUUUUCUCAUAAAUCAUGUAUGGAUUGAUGAAGUGAAGCCUAUCAAAGAACAUAAAUUUAAAUACAUGUCUCAUCGUGUAUUGGACUGGUACAGAUAG